AUGGCGUCCGACCCCAACAGAGACGGCUUCCAGCUUCCCGCUCCCCCACCUGCCCUUCACACUCGGGGCACCGAUAUGGGCCGCCCCGGUACUCCCUCGCAGGAGGCCUUCAUCAGCCCGCAGCAGACUCCACAGGGCAGCCCGAGCAAGCAUCACCAGCCACCGGGCGCAUUCGACCUGCCCCAUGUCUUCGAGAAUGCCAUGAAAUUGCUCCCGACCAUGGGUUCGCCCUCGAGGUCAAAACCAGGCACGCCCACAUCACCGAACAAGUCGAAGCUCCAGGGCGCCGACGACAGCGAUCCCUUUGCCAGCGACGCCACCACGUUGACGCCUGGCAGCCCCGCACGCAAGUCGAACAAGGAGAACACGCCACCCAAUGCCCGCCCCGGCAUGCAGAAGGAGAGCAGCUACGUUACACACGCAGCCCAAUCGCGCCAGGAGCCCUACCGCACACAGCGAGACGACCAGUCAACGCGCUACUACCCCGGCCCACAGCGACUGUCUGCCGAAGAGCUCGAGAAGGCGAGGAAGCCCUCGGUGAAGCGACUGGCCAACGUGACGCAGCUGUACUUCCUCGACUACUACUACGAUCUCCUCACCUACGUGCACGUGCGCCAGAACCGCCUGACCCAAUUCAAAGCGCAGAACCCUCUUCCUCCCGCCACGGAUGAGGCCGAAUACAACGAUGCCCUCACACAGUACCUGGGCCGCGAGCGCGCCAAUCUCCGCAAGCGACGCACGCGGUUAAGGCAGGGCGACUUCCAAAUCUUGACCCAGGUCGGGCAGGGCGGUUACGGACAGGUCUACCUGGCCCAGAAAAAGGACACAAAGGAGGUGUGCGCCCUGAAGGUCAUGAGCAAGAAGCUGCUGUUCAAGCUUGACGAGAUCCGCCAUGUCUUGACCGAGCGCGACAUCCUGACCACAGCUAAGAGCGAGUGGCUGGUCCGCUUACUCUACGCUUUCCAGGACGAUAGGAGCAUAUAUCUCGCCAUGGUACGAGGCGAUUUCCGCACACUGCUGAACAACACUGGUGUCCUCCACAACAGACACGCACGCUUCUACAUUGCCGAAAUGUUCUCGUGCGUCGACUCUCUGCAUCAGCUAGGAUAUAUCCACCGUGAUCUGAAGCCCGAGAAUUUCCUGAUAGACAGCACUGGCCACGUCAAGCUCACCGACUUCGGUCUGGCCGCUGGCAUUCUUGCCCCAUCCAAAAUCGAGUCGAUGCGCAUCAAGCUCGAAUCUGUCAGCGACGUUGUAUCGCCUUUUGGACGGCCAAUCGAGGAGCGAUCCGCUGCCCAGCGCCGUGACAACUACCGCUCUCUCCGCGAACGAGAUGUCAAUUAUGCAAAGAGUAUCGUCGGAAGCCCAGAUUACAUGGCCCCAGAAGUUCUCAAGGGCGAUGAGUAUGACUUCACUGUUGAUUACUGGAGUUUGGGCUGUAUGCUCUUCGAGGCGCUUGCAGGCUACCCGCCCUUCGCAGGCGCUACCGUGGAUGAGACCUGGCAAAACUUGAAGAAUUGGAAGAAGGUCCUGCGAAAGCCUGUCUACGAAGACCCAUCAUACUUCUUGUCCAAACGCACAUGGGAUCUCAUUAUACGCCUCGUCGCAUCCAAGACGUCCCGUUUCCGCGGUAUCUCUGAGAUUCACGGCCACGCAUACUUUGCAGAGGUCGAUUGGAACAAGUUGAGAGAGAACAAGGCGCCAUUCGUGCCAGAGCUCGACAGCGAGACCGAUGCUGGUUACUUCGACGACUUUGGCAACGAGGCCGACAUGGCCAAGUACAAGGAGGUGCACGAGAAGCAGGCUGCGCUGGAGGCUAUGCAGGACCGCGACGACAAGAUGAACAAGGGUGUCUUCGUUGGAUUCACUUUCCGCCACAAGAAGACAGCCGACGACGGCAAACCCGCAAGUCCUCGCAAACCGCUUCCCACAAUGGAGGAGGAAAGCUACGGUACAAUCUUCUAA